AUGGGGAUUCUUGUAAGGAGCAUAAUUUUUGUCAGCGCCGUGCUGAUUGCGAUGGGCACAACAGACAGCGCGUCCGUGCAAACCACACAACAGAUCACGGAUUCCAGCGUCGCGCUGCUACUUGCUUGCGGUUACUUUGCCGCCAUCAAGCUUCUUGAAUUCCUCGUGAACAAGGCAAUGAACCGUGAGAGGCAGAUCAGCUACAACAACAUGGAUGACAUUGAGCAGAGGGACGAGAGCGUCGGAGACCUGGAGGAUUUCGACCCUGCGUCUCAGGAGACCAACAAGAUGCAGCAGGCAGAGCGGGUCACUGUCGAUCUAGAGCCUGCAGCGGAGGAUUGGAGUCACAUGCCAAAGUCCAUCGAUCAUCAGGACAGGCCGCGCGUCAUGGUCAUGACAGAGUACGAGGAGAUCUACAUCCUGUAUCGCUCUGUAUAUGGGAUGGGAUGCACGAUCUUCAUCGUGUUUUACGCGACGGACCUGAGGAAUGCCAUGUGUGGGAUGUUCCUGAUCAUAGGCAUUGUCAUCCUCGAGUUCUGCCACGUCUUCGAGCUCUUCCGUCAGCGCAGGCGGGAUGUGACCUCGGCCGUGAACGGCUGCUUCACGCUGUUUGCCUAUAUCUGCCUUGUUGCCUCCAUAGUCUCAUUCUUCCUGUCGGCAUGCUCGAACAACUCCGCCCCGCUGGACAUGGAGUUCUGCACCGGGCUGAAGAUGCCAAGGGUCGAUGUCAUGUUCGGGAUGCUUGCACCGAUGGGGGCGACACUGCCUGUGAUGGACUCGACGGAGACUCGCAUCGAUCGCAUGGUGCUUUACAAGUCGGCGCCGUUUGCCUGCUGUGUAGCCUGGGUGAUCACCUUGUUGGUGGGCUGGGGUAACCUCUCCAGCACCACCGGCACCACGCCGAAGCAGAUCAUUGUCUUCCUCCUCAACCCGCUGUUCAAGGGCUGCGCCACCAUCACCCUCAUCAGCUCUUGCAUGCAGGGGCGGCGGGUCGAGUCGGCCAGCAUCCUGGCAUUCAUCCUCUUCUGCAAGCAGGUGCACCUGCAUCGGUCCGACGAGCUAAUGAUGAAGCCGCUGGUGUCGGGACUUGUCUUCAGCACCAUGGCGCUUCUCGUCUGCAUCCUGCGGCAGACCGGCUGUGUGCUGCGGUUCGUCAUGCGGGUUGCCGCGAGGGAGCCCCGCUUCCUGUCUCCUGCCCGGCACGCAAUGUUCUGUACAGCUUACCCCUAUAUGCCAUCGAGUGAGAAGAGAGUCUAUCUCACUUACAUCCGAGACCGCAUCAUCUAUGCCAUCACCUACUUUGACAUGUGGCAGGAGCACGAGAGCAGGGUCAACGCCAAGAUUGAGCACGCCUUGCAGCGCAAGAAGGGAGUUGCAGAUCUUCAGGAGCGCGAGAAUGUGACACGGGAGAUCUAUCCAGAUGGUAGGCCCUUCUUCCCACCACCAAACACAAAAUACAGCCCUCCGUUGUACGAGCACGAAGGAGACAUAGGUAUGUCUAUAAGGCAUGAGGACAUCAGGCAUGAGGUGGAGGAGCUCGAGACGAAGAUCGUCCCUUUCUUGGUCAAGAGGUACGAGACACAGCUAGAGGCUCUAAAGCUCAACUUUAAUUAUGAUCCCUUUGAAAUGAUUCAUUGA